UUGGGUGGAGUGUGAAGUCCGCUGUGCUGUGUGCGUCCGUCCGUACGCGUCUUCGUAUUUAUAUAAACCGGCUUUAAAAUCAGUAUUUACAUCUUUGUAGCUGUUAGCCUUGGCUCUGAGGUAGCGGGGGAGUUAGCAUUACUGUGUAGCUCUUUAUGUUCGUAGCCGCUUUCUUCCAACGGACCGACGUAGCUGCUAGCUAGCUGGAGUAAAUUUCCCUGCCUGAGGGCUGCUUUCAGCUCGGCUAAACGCUGGUCACAUCCCCGGACGCUGGUUUCCCUCGGUCACUGUGCAAUAACACACGUAGAAUAUGGAUGCCUCUGCAAGACUCAAGAAGGCAAAAGACAUGAAGCUUCAAAGGCCUGAACUCAAAUUGAGCAGUGAUGGACCAAAGCGGAUUCCUGUGUCACACCACUCGCAGAUGGCGGUCGUUACACCAACUCCACAGCAGCGCGUCCUUGGUGUGUCAAAUGGACCUCAGCGCAUUCAGCGACCUGUUAGUCAUCAGAAACCUGUAUCUCAAGUCUCUGCUGCUAUCAAGUCUACAAAGCUCUCUGAUCAGAAUAUUAACCCCAUUACAAGGACUGUAAAUCCUGCAUCUCAGCCCAAAUCUGGUUCCCAGCUAAUCCAGCCAAAGACAAGUGUGGCCAAACUGAAGCAGGAGCUGGUCAAACCACCGGUAGAAUCUGCAAAGCUGGAGAAGCCACAGAACAAACCUGCCAUGAAAGAAUCUGGAGAGGUCCCCUCAUCAAAAUAUGAGAAGCGAUGGAGCCUGGAAAAUUUUGACAUUGGCCGUCCCUUAGGAAAGGGUAAAUUUGGCAACGUUUACCUGGCAAGAGAGAGACAGAGUAAGUUCAUCUUGGCCCUGAAGGUGCUCUUUAAGAAGCAGCUGGAGAAGGCCGGGGUGGAACACCAACUGAGGAGAGAAGUCGAGAUCCAGUCUCACCUCAGGCACCCCAACAUCUUGCGUCUCUAUGGCUACUUCCAUGACACAUCAAGAGUGUAUCUCAUUCUGGAGUUUGCACCCAGAGGAGAAUUAUACGGUGAGCUGCAGCGCUGUGGAAAAUUUCCUGAGGACAGAAGUGCUACGUACAUCAUGGAGCUGGCAGACGCCCUCAACUAUUGCCACACCAAGAAGGUGAUCCACAGGGACAUCAAACCAGAGAACCUGUUACUGGGUGCUAAUGGGGAGCUGAAGAUUGCAGAUUUUGGCUGGUCUGUGCACACACCCUCCUCCAGGAGGUCCACCCUUUGUGGAACACUGGACUACUUGCCUCCAGAGAUGAUUGAGGGAAAAACUCAUGAUGAAAAGGUCGACCUGUGGAGCCUGGGUGUCCUCUGCUACGAGUUCCUGGUUGGAAAACCCCCCUUUGAAACAAAAAGCCACGAUGACACCUACCGCAGGAUAUCAAGAGUGGAGUACACAUACCCUGCACAUUUCGAUAUCAGCGAUGGAGCCAAACACCUGGUUGCCCAGCUGUUGAAGCACAACCCCAUGCACAGAUUGCCCAUCCAGGGCGUCCUGACCCACCCCUGGGUCGUCGAAUGCUCAACCAAGAAGCCCACAACUCUGAACAACGAAGAGCCCAGCCAGUGAGCCUCUUUGUGUUGUCGGUUACUGGCUGGUGCGGAGCAUGAACGCCACUGUGCAGCUGAUUCGAAGAAUCUGCUUGUCCUCCCACUACUUGACUUUCAAAUCACUUGAUGGGGCUGUUUUUGUCAGCGGAGCUUUUGCGCCACCUGGUUUUACCUUCUUCUCCUUCUGACUUUCCCUGUCUUACUAAUGGCUCCUGUUGCCUGUAAAUAUUUCACUGUUUUUGUACAAUUAUGAAAUUUUUAUUUUGUUUCUAAAAAGCUAUUACUUGAAUUAAAAAAUACUCUACUGACCCUUUUGCAAUAGAAUCAUACCAGCCUCAAUGCCCAUCAACACACACUCACAAAGUGAAAACCUGACCAGCAUCACUGUCCAGUCUGUUUAUAAAUAAUAAUUAAUUGAAUUGUAUUUUGAAGUUAAGCAGUAUAUAUUUAUGUAUCCAUAAAAAGUGCAUGUUGUAGUGGUAACUACCAAUGAGGCAGUUUGGCGCUGAUCUCUGUGGACUGUUUUAUUAGAACCAUACAUGGUUCAGUCAUCAAUCUUUAUGGAUGUGUUGCUGUAAUCAGAUUAAAUCCAAAGGAUGUCUUUGCUCUGAUGCAUGAACACUGAGGUAUUGCAUCACAAUGUAAAGAUACUGAGCGCUGAUUGGUCUUAGUGUUAACAUCUUGCAGUGACUGGUAUCAUUCCAUCACGAGAUGGUCUCUAGUUUACUUCUUUGUUUUUUUUUUGUUUUCAACAGAGUUUAAUGUUGUGAAGCUGAAUUCAGGAUGAUGCAGUUAUUUCACAGACAGGUUCAAAUGGAGCUGCCUUUAUCAAGCAGCCAGCAGAGGGUGCCAGGAUACUAAGGUUUGAGGACAAGUAUGUUGCAGAUUAUAGGGAGAAUUAAUGCCACUGUCACUGUUGAUAAUCUAUAAAAGCAAAGUGAGUUUCUUAAUUAAAAUAUCUUAGUUAAAUUAGCAUUUUAUUUGUUUCACAGUAUUUAUGUCGCUGGUAAAUGUUAAGGACAGAAUUCCUGUUUCAAUAAAAUGUUGAAACGUAA